CAUCAGUCGCAGCCUUGAGAAUCGGAUUUUUUUCUCAGCAACUCCCUAGUCAUUAUCUGAACACUACAACAAAGUAGUUCAACUGUACCCUACAACAUGUAAUGCCAUACAAAUAAACAAUAGCUUCCACAAUGGAUCGGGACAAAGCUAGCCCGUCCCCCUUCACCCCUCUGGAGUCCCCAGGUCAAAUGUCUCCCUGUACAUUACUGCUGGGUCUGGUUGACUGCAGGAAAACACCGGGGCAGAGUGGAACUGAGAGAGGAGAAGAGGAACAUGGAGAUGUGAUUUCAUUAAGUAAGAACCAUGGGGACAUCCCUCAUCGUUGCUCUCUCAGUGGGAGGGGCUUAUCAUCUGGGGCACCUCGACAACAUCAUGAUGCUGACGAGAAAGAGCAGAGUCCCUCCAGAUCAGAAGACCUCAAGAAACACCAGCAGAGAUGUAUAGGGAAGAAACCUCACCACUGCUGCUUUGACUGUGGGAAGAGUUUUGCUAAACAGAAGGAAUUGAUCAUUCAUGAGCGGAUUCACACCGGUGAGAAACUGUACCACUGCUCUCAGUGUGGGAAGAGUUUAGCUGAUUCUAAAACCUUAAAUUCUCAUCAGAAAAUUCAUACAGGUGAGAUACCGUACCCCUGCUUUGAUUGUGGGAAAUACCUCAAUCAAUCAGGAGCCCAGACAACACACAAACACGUAUACUCAAGAGAGAAACCUUAUCGCUGUGAUCAGUGUGGGAAGUGCUUUAGUCGAUCAGGAGACCUGACUAGACACCAACGUAUACACACAGGAGAGAAGUCUUAUACCUGUGAUCAGUGUGGGAAGAGCUUUAAUAAAUCAGGACACCUGACUAUACACAAACGCAUACACACAGGAGAGAAGCCUUAUAGCUGUGAUCAGUGUGGGAAGGGCUUCAGUCGAUCAGGAGACCUGACUAGACACCAACGCAUACACACAGGAGAGAAGCCUUAUCGCUGUGAUCAGUGUGGGAAGAGCUUCAAUAAUUCAGGACAACUGACUACACACCAACGCAUACACACAGGAGAGAAGCCUUAUAGCUGUGAUCAGUGUGGGAAGAGCUUCAUUCGAUCAGGAGACCUGACUACACACAAACGCCUACACACAGGAGAGAAGCCUUACAGCUGUGAUCAGUGUGGGAAGAGCUUCAAUCAGUCAGGACACCUGACUUUACACCAACGCAUACACACAGGAGAGAAGCCUUAUAGCUGUGAUCAGUGUGGGAAGAGCUUUGCUCGAGAUUUCACUCUGACUACACAUCAGCGAACACACAGAGGAGAGAAGCCUUAUAGCUGUGAUCAGUGUGGGAAGAGCUUUGCUCGAGAUUCCACCCUGACGACACACCAACGCAUACACACAGGAGAGAAGCCUUAUAGCUGUGAUCAGUGUGGGAAGAGCUUCAAUCAUUCAGGAUCCCUGAUUAUACACCAACGCAUACACACAGGAGAGAAGCCUUAUAGCUGUGAUCAGUGUGGGAAAAGCUUCAAUCAUUCAGGAUCCCUGACUGAACACCAACGCAUACACACAGGAGAGAAGCCUUAUAGCUGUGAUCAGUGUGGGAAAAGCUUCAAUCAUUCAGGAUCGCUGACUACACACAAACGCAUACACACAGGAGAGAAGCCUUAUAGCUGUCAUCAGUGUGGGAAGAGCUUCAAUCAAUCCGGCGACCUGACUACACACCAACGCCUACACACAGGAGAGAAGCCAUAUAGCUGUGAUCAGUGUGGGAAGAGCUUCAAUCAGUCAGGACACCUGACCACACACCAACGCAUACACACAGGAGAGAAGCCUUAUAGCUGUGAUCAGUGUGGGAAGAGCUUCAUUCAAUCAGUAGAGCUGACUAGACACCAGCGAAUACACACUGGAGAGAAAUCUUACUCCUGUCUUUGUGGAAAGUGGUUUGCUCAUUCAGGGUCACUGAUAAAACACCAGGAAGUACAAACAUGUCGUCUUUCAUCUCCCUUCUCUCUGGCACCGGUUCCAGAUCCCUAAAUACAGUUUCAAUAGAAAACAUCUUGUGAAGAGUCAUCCAUCUCCCAUUCGCUAACAGUUUACUAAGUCUGAUUACCAUGGUAACCUGUGUAGCAUGAUAUGCAGCUCUGGAUCCAUAUUUCUCAAGCGUCUUGAAGUAGGAGUCCUGUGUGUGUCGUGGGGUGUUCAUAGCUGUAUCUAUUUCAUUAACUCCUACUAUCCAUUAAAAAAUGUAGAAUAAUGUUUAAAAAAUGGUAGGUGCAUAUUCAUGUGUGAUGGAAAUGUUGUCUGAAGAGAGAGCCUUGAAUUGUACAUCAUGUCUCAUACAAACAUUGGUUCCUGUAGGUGAUGGGUAGAGAUAUGAGGGGGACAAGGUCAUGACCCCCUCAGACCUUUUGGCAGAAUGUCCAGAAUAUGUUCUAUAAGUUAAGAUAGGAGACGGUCAUGACCCCCUCAGACCCUUUGGCAGAAUGCCCAGAAUAUGUUCUAUAAGUUAAGAUAGGAGACGGUUCCAGUCACAUGCAGGAUCCAAACGUUAAUGAUGAACAAUGUAAAUCAUGCAAAUAUAACUUGUCUGUGUUAGCAGUGUAUAAGAGAACUAACGGGACUGCCCCGAAAGAGCUCCUGACCAACGUGUACUAUGGUGCAUUAAGUUUGUUGGAAUCUCUCCAGCUUGCUGAUAAUAAAGAAUGAUUCAUUUCAGUUUGA